UUCGAGGAUCGGCAUUCAGAGAAGAAAAGGGGUGAACAGGAGGAGGGGAGGUGGGGGAAGUGAAAGCGCAAAGGAGCGAAGUAAGGCAGAGCUCAUUCAGUGGGAUUGUUGAGCACAGAGCUCCACGGAUUACUGUGAUAGAAAUCUGUCUGUUUGGUUUCUGGUGCUGCUCUCGCUCAUGCCCUGGACCCACUGAAGGCUUGCAUUUCAGCAGUUGAACAUCUCUGAAGCGGAUGCGCGAGACUCGGAGAAGGGAGAAGAAGAGAGACAAACUUAUUUUCCAAUAACUCUGAGAUUGAAUACAAAGUGCCAGCAUCAUGCCUAAGCAAGUGGAGGUGAGGAUGCACGAAAGUCACCUGGAGCCCAUCGAGGCCAGGCCCAGGAACAAGUGUAUCAGCUGCUUCUCUUCUCUUUUCAAGAACCUGCUGCUCACGCUCACUGUACUCGGUGUGAUUAUGGGGGCUGUGUCUGGGAUGCUGCUUCGUUAUGCCUCUCCAAUCCACCCAGACAUUGUCAUGGUGAUUGCGUUCCCUGGAGACAUCCUGAUGAGGAUGCUGAAGAUGUUGAUCCUGCCUCUCAUCAUCUCCAGCUUAAUCACAGGUCUGGCUGGUCUAGAUGCCAAGUCUAGCGGUCGCCUGGGCACCAGGGCAAUGGUCUACUACAUGUCCACCACGGUGAUUGCUGCAGUGCUGGGAGUCAUCCUAGUGCUGGCCAUACACCCUGGAGACCCCAAGAUGAAGGAGCAGCUGGGAGAUGGCCAAAAGCACGAUGAUGUGUCCAGCCUGGAUGCCUUCUUUGACCUCAUUAGGAACCUGUUCCCUGAGAACCUGGUGCAGGCCUGCUUCCAGCAGAUCCAAACGGUCACAAAGAAGGUGGAGAAGGUGAUUGAGGAAGACAUCAAUGCCACCACCACCUUGGAGGGCCUCCUGUCCAACGCCACCAAGGAGCCUGAGUUCAUCAUCAAGAAGUCCCUCCAGUUUAAGAGUGGCAUGAAUGUGUUAGGAGUGAUUGGCUUCUUCAUUGCUUUCGGCAUCUGCAUGGGGAAGAUGGGAGAGAGGGCCAAGCUCAUGCUGGAGUUCUUCAACAUCCUCAACGAGAUUGUUAUGAACCUGGUUAUCAUGAUCAUGUGGUACUCUCCCUUCGGUAUUUGCUGCCUGAUCUGUGGUAAGAUCAUCUCCAUCGAUGACCUGGAGGUGGUUGCAAGGCAGCUGGGGAUGUACAUGGUGACCGUGAUCGUGGGCUUGAUCAUCCACGGAGCCAUCUUCCUGCCUGCCAUCUACUUUGCCAUUGUCAGGAAAAACCCCUACACCUUCUUCAUGGGCAUCUUCCAGGCCUGGAUCACUGCCUUGGGGACAGCCUCCAGUGCUGGGACACUGCCUGUCACCUUCCGUUGCCUGGAGGAAAACUUGGGCAUCGAUAAGAGAGUCACCCGUUUCGUGCUCCCUGUCGGCGCCACCAUCAACAUGGACGGAACCGCCCUCUACGAGGCCGUGGCAGCCAUCUUUAUCGCCCAGAUGAACAACAUCUACCUGGAUGCUGGUCAGAUCGUCACUGUCAGUCUGACAGCUACCCUGGCCAGUGUUGGUGCGGCCAGUAUUCCCAGUGCUGGACUGGUGACUAUGCUUCUGAUCCUCACUGCAGUCGGCCUGCCAACUCAGGACAUCAGUCUGCUGGUUGCUGUUGACUGGCUCCUGGACCGGUUCCGUACCUCGGUGAAUGUGGUGGGAGACUCGUAUGGCGCGGGUAUCGUGUAUCACCUGUCCAAGGCUGAGCUGGACGAGCUGGACGCUACACAUGACAAGUCGGGCGACAUCGAGAUGAUGAACAAGACCUCGUCCUACUAUGAUGACCUCAAGAACCACCAUGAAAACAACUCCAACCAGUGCGUCCAGUAUGCCGCUCACAAUUCAGUCGUAGUAGAUGAGUGCAAGGUAACCUUGGCCACUAACGGCUCUACUGCUGCGGCAGCCGUUGAGGAGGAACCCCGGAAAAGUGAAUAAAGCCAGCACACACAUCCCCAGCUCCACAGGCUUUCCUAUCUGGUGAAAAAAAUGAGUGAACAAAAAAAAAGAGUCAUGCGAACAGAACUACUAAUUGUUUUUCUUAUGUAGCUUUAUUUUGCAUUUUUAUUAGUCCCUUUACAGUGUUUCUAACCAUCUAUCUGACUGACUGAGAUGAAUAAUACUAAUUAACUUAUCAGUGAAACGAUAACAGAGGUAUGUUUUACCUGUUAGAACACUAAUGUGUGCAUCAUAGCAAACACUUGAACAACGGACAUCAAGGCUUGGGAGGGAGGGUGGGAAGAGAAAAACAAACUGUUACUUAAAUUAUUCCUAGAAUUGUUUCUAUGAGAGCACUGCAUUCAAAACAGGGGGGAGGGUCAGUGUGUGGGGGAGUAACACUGGAAUAACAGUCCUUCAGAGUGUGAUGGUAGCUGUGAGUUUGACACUGGCAAUCUGGCAGUCUAACAACAGACGGAGUGUGGGACAUAAGAGUUUGAAUCAUGCUAAACAUAAGGUAUGCCUGUAUCAAACUCCACAUGAUAUUUUUAGAAGCGUGUCAUUACUAUUACCAAUGAUACCACAGUAGACAGCUGUUAUUUGACCCCUGGCCCCUUUUACCUCACAAGAUAACCUUUUACCUAUACCUGACAGAGCCCCUGUAACCUAUUUGAGUGUCUUUGCUACCUGCUAUUACCCACAAUCCCAUGGGGGAACCACGUUGGUGAUAAUGUAGAAUGUAGAGAUAAGGCAGGGUCUGCAGACUGAGCCUUACUCCACAAGCACACGUUCUCUGAAAAGCACAAAAUACAAAAGAAACAUGGAACCUCUCCUCCCUUUUUUAUUGUUAUACAUUUUGUUGACUACUGUAAGGGAGAGGGACUUUUUCAAUGUCGACUCUAGUGUGAGAUUAUAUACUGUAUCUGUGUGAUUUGUGUGUGUGUGAUUUGUGUGUGUAUGUGUGUGUGGGUGUGUGUGUAUGGGAUGGGAGUGAGAACAUGACAUAUCUCCCCAUUACUAAUAAGGACCAAACAGGCAUAUGAUCAAUCAAGCCAGAAGCCUUUGAAACGCCUCCAUGACUUCACUGACAGUCAUUGAUAUCGUCUUUUGGGGUUUCUUACUCUGCACACAAUCCAUUUGUAGCUAACUCCAGGUAGAAAGUGUCUCAUCACUCAUUUAAACUCUUCCAAAUUAGCUAUUACGAAAUGGAUAAAGCUCUCUGCCCCGCAAUUACUGCAACACAUGAAAAUCAAAAGUAAAGGUAAAAUUUGUCCCCAAAUACAAAUAUAUCAAUAUCUUCAGUUCAAGGCUGUAUUUCAUAUUAAUUAGUUCAAAGUACUAGGAAGUAUUUAUUAUACCUCUCCCAGAUAUUCUGAAGAUAUCAGUUUCAUGAUGUGAGGCCAACAAAAAUGAGAACCAAGAGUUAAUUGGGAAGGAUCUAGAAAUAUAUCUAGAACCAUGAUUAGUAUGAAAAUAUAAAGCACAAAUUAAGUUGUUUUAAAACAGAAUACAAAAACGGAAUAUAUAUUGAAUUCUGAGUCUAUAUAGCACAAUUGUAGCUUUGAGUAUAAAGUAGUUACGUAUGAUUUUUUUAUCCCUUUUUGACACUGAUCUCUUUUCACAUUCAUCAUUCACAAUUUGAAGAACCCAAUAAGGGAAACUAUACUCAGGCAGCGCAUGAACUCCAUGGAAAUGAAAGAGACACUUUCACAAAAUCCUCAACACGUUUAGCUGCUCAUGAAAGAAAAUAGGCCAUUGACAAUUGCCUUGUAUAGCACAAGCUGGAUAUGAAUGCUUGACUUUGAACACGUUGACUGUUUACCACCUUGAUAUUUUUCAAAGAGAUUUUUUGUAUACUUGCACCUAUAUGACAGAGAUAAAGAUUCCCUUUACAACUAUUCAUAAAUAGUACUUUUAUUAAGGGAUUCUUGUUAGGAACAGCACACAAAAACUUGCCAAAUUUUCCAACAUUAACAUUCCAGUGAUUCAAACUUUCUUGGGUUCCCUUUUGCAUGAAAGCACAAACACACAUAUUUUAUCAAAGAUGGUACAGAACAACCACAGAGCUUAAAUAAAAGUGCAAGUUUCAACAGGUUGAUAACUCGCUGCACAACUAGUGGCCAGGUGGAGGUAUUACAUCAUAACUAUUUUUUUCCAGACCCUUGGAGGGGUCUCCUUAGUGAUUAAACAACUCUAACCUCUUACCACAGAUGCUGACGACUGUUCUCAGAAACCCUGAAUGCUGCAGCUAUGUGUAUCAUUGGUCUCAUAUGGUUACUACUGUAGAGCAGUCAUCUGGAUGCCUGAAAUGUUCACUGCAGACUUCCCAACUAUUAGGAAGGAGAAUUCUAUCCCCCUAAUGGAACCUAAAUGUCUAAAAAGAGAAACACACACAAAGUUAGGUCACCGGCUGCUAAUAUUUAAUGCGUGUAUGUGAUUGUAUGAGAGAUGUUUUGUGCAGGUGAGGAGUUCUGCAGGUGUGGAUGUAAUUUCUUUAUCCGUGUCGCGUCCUGCUCUCUUGUCUUGUUUUGAUCAUUUUGCUCAAUGACAACCUUGCCUUGAAGAUGUUAACUCUAAACUGUGCAGUCAGUUUGACUGUCAUGACAAUGCUGAUUAAAGUAACACUAGAAAAAUUAACACUCACAUUCAUAGUGCAGUACACAGUCCCUUAGUUACCUUAAACAUUUUCUCAGUCAGAAGACCUACGCCACGUUGCUUUUGAGCUUGUAUAACUGCCAUCACACACAGACACACAGACGCAAAUACACACACACACACGCAUGCACACACGCACACGCACACACACACACACACACACACACACACACACACACACACACACACACACACACACACACACACACACACACACACACACACACACACACACACACACACAGACACACACUCACGCACACGCACAUGCACAUGCACACACACACUUACACACUUAAACCUGGAAGGUCACCACACACAUUCUUACAUGCAAUGAGUGAGCUGAAGAGCACAGCAUUGAAACCCCCGUUGGCCCUAGGGCCUAACCUUUGACCUUGUGACCUUCAGUAAUAAGUCCUCCAGUAGGGAGAGGAUGCAGACCAGUGUGUCAUCAAUGGGGAUUGAGUGUUGGACCACUAUUAUGUUCAAACUCACUGUUUGCAUGAAGUAAAAAAUGAGUAUAAUUUUUUUACACCACUAUCUUAAAAGCAUGAUAUUGAAGUGCCUCCUUGCACUUUGUGUAUAUAUUGUAGGUAACAGAUUUUUUUUGUUUGUUUUAUUUGGGGGGGUGUUGACAUGGUAUGUAGAAAUAGAAAUGAAUUGCUGUGACAUUUUUUGUAAUCCUCUAGAAAAAUAUAAUCUAUGUUCUGAAUAAAAAUAGAUUAGUCAAAAUGUAUAGAAAAUAAUGUGCAAGAAAUUGUUUUAUUUUUUAUUUUUUAAUAGCUGUUAACUAGUUGUCUCACUUAGCUGUCACACAUAAAUAUAUUGUUUUGUAUCUAAUGUAAGCGUUUUGAAUGUUUGUUCCAUGGAGAUAUGUCGCGUGCAUUCCUUUUCACUGUACAUAAAUAUAUAUAUAUAAUUACUCUGUUCAAUGGCACUGCAGAAUGUUCCAGAGGUUACAACGAUUUUGAAGCAAACAUGUUGAACUGGAAAGACAAAGCGAAAGUGGAAGGAAAGUAUCUGAUUAAAGAAGGGAGUCCAUAUGGGGUGGUGGGCUCUUUCUAAUUGUGAGAUGUGGAUGUUAUCAUGACUAGGUUUGCAGAAGAAGAGAAAAAGAUCAAAUUUACCCUGUACGUACUAUUAACUAAUGAAACAAGCACAGCCGAGCUGUUAGUUUAGUUCAUUAUGACUGAAAUAGCAAAUCUGAUCAGAAUGUCAGGUGUAGUUCCUGCCAAAAUAUAUCUCCUCAGUUGAUCGCCCAGAUCCUGGUCAAGAAUUCAUUCUAGACUUUCUACCAGAGAACACCAACACACCGUUAGUGUCCACCAUCUUGUCUUGUGCAGUAUGCACUAUGCUGUGGUAAUUACAAGACAUGGAUAUCUACACCAAACAGUCAUAGUUCAUGUUUAGAUUCUGCCUCACAGUUAGACUGUUACAGUAGUGAGCCCAAGUGUCAUAUCCAUGCACUAGCCUCUGUCGAACCAGCACUUUCAAACCACCAGCACCAUUUCAAUAAACCCUCCAGACACAUAUUGAUAAAUUUGCCUUUUUGCUUUUCCUAAUUGUCAUCACAAUUGUCUGCAUGCACCAACAAAUCCAAUAUAUUAAGUAAAGGAUGUCAAAAUGGAAAUUGAUUGGCACAGUAUUUCUAAGAGUAGCCAGUAGAUCUUUAUAUCUAUAAGUCUGUAUUCUACAGAAGUCUCUGUCUUUCUGAUAGGAUCAUCCUGAGUAUCCUGAUAACCUAUCUAUUUGAAAAGUUGUUGUUGUAAUAUUGAUGUAAAGGGAGAGCUUAUGUGGGGGGGAGAUAGAAUAUUAAAAAAUAAAGGCAAAACAUAUAUGAAUUAUUUUCUUUACCAGCUCUGUGGUAUAAAAGUAUGUUCAUAUCAAUAAGUGUUGUACCUUUGGUGUACAUAUGAUUAUGAUAACUAAUAAAUGUUGAUUCAUAACUAAA